AUGGCAAAACUAGUUAAAACCAACACUGCACAACGCACUCUCCUACUUUCUUACCUUGCUGUUGCUUGCUGGGAAAUUUGGAAGGAACAAUGCUUUGCUUUGUUCAAUGAUAAAUCCCCCAAACCUGCUACUGUCUUGCAUCGCAUUCUCAAUUUGGUAUCGGGCUUCAGUAACAUCUAUCGUUGCCGUCAGCUACAUGCAAAUCCUGUAGUACAGAGAACUCUUUCUUGGCAAGCUCCUCAAUGGCCUCUUAUUAGAAUUAAUGUCGACGGUGCAUGGAAUCAAGCUACAUAUGAAGCUUGUGCAGGGAUUAUUGCAUGCGAUCACAAUGGUACUUUUUUAGGUGGUGCUUCUUUACACUCACAUCGAUCCUCAUCCGAUGCCGCCGAAGCAGAGGCUGUUGUUGGGUGUCUGAAAUUUGCCAAAGCCACAUAUUUCAACCAUAUCAUCAUUAAGAGCAAUUCUUCCAAGGUCAUCGAUUGCUUGCGGAAACCAGACAUUCGUAACCAAUGGUUUCUAUAUCGAAUUAUUGAUGAAAUUCGUCGGGCAACGACUUCCUAUGCUUUUGUUCAGUGGAACUGGGUUCCAAGAACAACCAACCAAUCAGCUCAUGUGGCUGCAUCUUUAACCAUUUUGAAGGUAAGCAAUCUCUCAUGGGCAACUUUGCCCCCUUCCCUCAUUGGUUAUGGUGCUAUCUCUGGAUGGGCUUCCAUAUCUCCGCCAUCUUUUGAUUGA